GUCCGACAACAGUUUUUGGUCUCUUUCUCAAUUUUCAUAUACUCGUUUUUUCUUUUAUUUAAAUUCUGGCAUUGCUCCUUUCAAAUCCUUUAUUUUUUGAAAAUGCUGCCACUUUCACUACUCAAUGCCGCCGUCGGCUUUCCAAUUCUUGUAGAGUUGAAGAACGGCGAGACAUAUAACGGACACUUGGAAAAAUGCGACAAUUUUAUGAAUAUCACACUGCGGGAAGUCAUCCAGACAGCCAGCGACGGUGACCGCUUUUGGCGCCUGCUCGAGGCCUACAUCCGUGGAAACACAAUCAAAUAUCUCAGAGUUCCCGACGCAGUGCUUGACAAAGUAAAGGAAGACAUGCUGAAAAACCGGAACAUGGGUAACCGCGGUGGUCGUGGCGGCCGGGGAAGGGGCGGGAACCGCGGCGGGAAUGUCAAUGCUCGUGGACGCGGUCGCGGUGGCAACAGCAACAACAGCAACUACAAUCCACACCGGAGUCAUCACAACAACGAGUAGACAUUUUGAAACUUUUUUUGGUGGAAAAAUAAAAAACAUGCAAAAAGAUAACAUUUAAAACGCUGAUAUUUUUUAUAUUUUGUCAUACACGCAAAAAUCUUGGCCAUAAAAGGUAUAGCAAUUUUCCC